CAUUACCAUUAUUUCUAUUAAAAUGUUAAAAUGCCAUUUCAUCAAAGAAGCUGUUUUUUCCAGUAUUCGCGGUUCUCCUCUCUGGGUUUGGUUGCGUGACUGAAUUACUGAAACCAGAUGGCUUCGGGCGGCGGAACAGGAAGUGUCGGAGGAGCGGCAACAGUUGGGUCAGGGGUUGAGUGGCACAUAAGGCCUCAAUCUCAUAAGAAUCCUAUCGUCUUCUUCGACGUAACCAUCGGUAGCAUCCCUGCUGGUCGUAUCAAGAUGGAGCUCUUCGCCGACAUUGCUCCCAAAACCGCUGAAAACUUCAGGCAAUUUUGCACAGGCGAGCACAGGAAAGCUGGAAUUCCACAAGGUUAUAAGAAUUCUCAGUUUCAUAGGGUGAUUAAGGAUUUUAUGAUUCAAGGUGGUGAUUAUCUUAAGAACGAUGGAAGUGGAUGUGUAUCAAUAUAUGGUAGUAAAUUUGAUGACGAAAACUUCAUUGCAAAACACACUGGUCCUGGUUUAUUAUCUAUGGCAAAUAGUGGGCCAAAUACAAAUGGUUGUCAGUUCUUCAUCACUUGUGCGAAAUGUGACUGGCUCGAUAACAAACACGUUGUCUUUGGGCGAGUACUUGGCGAUGGUCUUUUUGUGAUGAGGAAGAUCGAGAAUGUGGCUACAGGACCAAAUAACAGGCCAAAAUUGCCUUGUGUUAUUGCUGAAUGCGGGGAGAUGUAACACACCAGCUUCUCUGAGUUCUCUCAUUGACAACUAGACCUAAUAGAGUUGAAAGGAGAAACGUACCAUAUGAACUUAUUGUUGUGUUAACAUUGUAUGAAUGGCCUUUAGUUCUUUGGGUUUUAACUCUCAUGCUGUGUUGUGUUAGGGUGUCUGGUGUCGUCAGGCAAUGCUCAGGUCUGCUCAGGUUUAGUCCUCGAGUCUGGCUGGUCGGGCCAACCUUACCAAGCCUAAAAGCAGUAUUAGAAAGGUGGCGGGCACUAUCUCCGGUUACAUACUCAUAGGAAUGCAACAACACCACAUCAUAGGUCCGGGCUGGAGGGGUGGCAAUUGGCCUGUUCUUUUUUCUGGAUUUUAUUUUUCCCUUUAAAACAGGCUUAAAAUUACUCAUAGUUCAUAUCUGGAAAUCCUUAACUGAACCAACAGCCCCUUUUUUUCCGGCACCUUUGGAGUAAGGCCUCCUUUGGAUCUGGAACGGGAUCAGCUCCACCUUUAGGUGGAAUUAGUUGAUGAAUUAACCAAACAAUGCGAUUGCAUUUAUUGAAUAUUUUUGUUGUGCAGCGUCUCUACUCUCUAGUUCCUCUAGUUUACUCGGUCGUAAUCAGAUGUAAUCAAGUGUCGGACUAAUCCCGGAGGAUCCCGCCUAGGCAGUUGUCGGGCGCCCGAUUUUAGUUUAGGUGCUCUUAUUAAUUGAUUUGGCAUCUAGGUGAAUUAGUUGGCCAUCUAGGACACUUAGUUGCCCGCCUAGAGAGCAGAGAGCUUAAUCGGCUGCCUAGGUGUCUAGAUUCGUCGAACAUUUUAUUUUGCUUUUUUAUUUUAGUAUUCUAAGAGAUGUAACUUUAAUUUUAACAAUGCAUAUGAAAAAAGCUACUAGUUAAUAGUUGUA